GGCAGUUCCUGUCUGUAGGCUUGGCCGAGGCAAUAAAGUUUCUGCUGUGCGGAGGAAAGGAAGGGAAAGCUCGGAGGGGGAAGGAACGCAGGGGCGGCAGGGCCGGUUUCCUGGCAGGAAUUUCCCGGGGUUUGAGUGAAUGGUUCAGGUCCACACUAUUUGGCUGACCGGAUCCUCUUGUACGAACCUGCCCAAGCCCUGAGAUCUUCAGAAGAAGCUCUUCUCUUGAUCCCACCUCCAUCUCAAGCCUGUGUAAUGUUCAAGUUUAGAAAUGCCUUAUGUGGAUCGUCAAAAUCGUAUUUGUGGUUUUCUCGAUAUUGAAGAAAAUGAAAACAGUGGAAAAUUUCUGCGGAGAUAUUUUAUACUGGACACAAAAGAAGACAAUUUGGUGUGGUACAUGGAUAAUCCACAGAACCUUCCCUCUGGAUCUCCACCAGUUGGAUCCAUUAAACUUACCUAUAUUUCAAAGGUUAGUGAUGCAACUAAACUGAGGCCAAAAGCAGAAUUCUGUUUUGUUAUGAAUGCAGGGAUGAGGAAAUACUUCCUACAAGCCAAUGAUCAGCAAGAUUUAGUUGAAUGGGUAAAUGUCCUGAACAAAGCUACCAAAAUCACAGUACCAAAGCAGGCUGAGCCACUGACUCAAAGUGAUAAUCUAGCAUGUCACACUGAAAAUCUAGGGUUAAAGAAGCAAAUGUCUUAUCGAACAGAGAUUGUUGGUGGUGUUCCUAUAAUAACCCCUACUCAGAAAGAAGAGGUAAAUGAAUGUGGUGAGGGUGAUAAAAACUACUUGAAACGGUCCCAAAGCCACCUUCCUUACUUUUCUGCCAAACAUCCCCCAGAUAAUGCUGUGAUCAAAGCUGGCUACUGUGUUAAACAAGGAGCGGUGAUGAAGAACUGGAAAAGAAGAUACUUCCAGUUAGAUGAAAACACAAUAGGCUAUUUUAAAUCUGAACUGGAUAAGGAGCCUCUUCGGAUUAUACCACUGAAAGAGGUUAAUAAAGUCCAGGAAUGUAAACAAAGUGAUAUAAUGAUGAGAGACAAUCUUUUUGAAAUCGUAACAAGUUCUCGGACUUUUUAUGUACAGGCAGAUAGCCCAGAAGACAUGCAUAGCUGGAUCAAAGCAAUUUCUGGUGCAAUAGUAGCACAGCGGGGUCCUGGAAGAUCAGCAGCUUCUGAGCAUUCCAACUGUUCUUCCGAAUCCAGCUGUUCUGCAGAAACAGCCACAGCCACCUCACAUUCCACAACCACUAACAACUCCACUGUGGUCCAAAACCUUAACAGCAAGCCCUCCACCAUGGAGAAGCGACGAUUUCACGAAUCUUUUACGAAGACCAAGCCAGGGAGCAUCAAGAUCCAGGCUGUCUCUUCAGGAGACCCAACUUCCAAAGUGACUAUACAGGGCCUGGUGGAACCUCAGAAUAAAAAUGGCACUCAGGAACAGGAUCCAGGCCCAGUGGAUCUGGAUGAUGCAAGCCUUCCAGUCAGUGAUGUGUAAUAAUGGAAGAAUUUGGGGAAAAUGAUGCAUUUGUUUUUGGUCCUUGAAUUUCCUUGCUCAGACUUUAGCCAAAGAUGACUGUGGGAUGAAAGAAUAAAGAAUGGGAUGUUGCUUAUGUAGAUCUGUAUGUGUGCAUACAUUCAACUCUGUGUAUGUUUUGAUAGUCAUAUAAUGCCUUCCACUGAUUAUCAGAGCAGGCCUUUUGCUUUCUCUGCAGCCAGAAGACAAAUCUUUAACAGACAGGGGCCAAGAUUAACAAAAUAAAUGUUGAUAAGCAAGGUGCCAGCUGAUCUUAAUUCAGUUUCGCAAAAUUGAGUAUCAUCUUAAAUCUAUAAUAAAAAAAUGUCAUCCUGUGACUAAAUUAUCUGUGAUAUAUAAUUUAAUUCUGUAAAUCAGGUUGAUGUGCAAAUUGGCAUUUCCCCCUAAAAAUACUGGCAUAGCCUUUCAGACUUCUGAAUAGAUGGGGAUGCAGCGUCUGUUUUUACAGGAACACAGAAACUUAGUGUAUCUGUUGGUGACCUAAUGCACUUUUCCUAUGCAAAGAGAGGUUUUAUAUAAAGCAAACUGUUGCUGCAGUGUCUGAAACGAGGAGUGUUUUCCUUAUCGUCAAUAUGCAGAUUUAUGAGCCACUAUAUAAUCUGUGUGUGUAGUUACAAAAUGAAAAAGGGGUUUGCUGCAUUUCAGACAUUACAGACAAUAUAUGUUAAUUUACAUGAAGUGCGUAUCUCUAUGUGUGAGAAAAGAAUCCCUAAAGAUCACUUGACACUGACAGAAAUGUGUUGACUUAAUUGGGACUCUUUCGUAACUUCUCUGUAAAUCACUGCCCUUCUUCUAGAGAAUCCAACUCCUUUAGAAUUCCCAAUAUUUGGUGCUGUGAAACUUACAUAAGAGUAAUACAGCUAUUUUGAAUAUUCAGCCUAUUUUUGAUGCACUCCUAAAAGUGAAUUGUAACUUUUGCACAUUUGGAUAUUAAUGGACCACCAAUAAAUAAGGAUGUUAUAUGGAUUUUUUAAGUAGGGAGAAGGGAAACUGGACUACUAAAUCUUCUAAAGGUUUGUCUAGAAGUAUUUUAUAUUAGGCUUUGAAAAAAAAUUAAAUGCUUAAAACUA